AUGACCUCACCUGAACUCACCUCUGCUGACCUGCGAAGUAUUCUUGAUUUUACCGUUAAACUCGCUCGUAAGGCAGGCGACAUCAUUCUUGAGGGCUCUGCUGCAAUCCAGUCGGCCUCUUCCGAAUCGGGAGUUGGUGAAAAGAAGAACUCGGUGGAUCUGGUUACAGAAUUCGAUGUCAAGGUUGAGGAGCUGGUCAAAAAGGAGCUCAAGUCCCAAUAUCCGACCUUCCAAUUUAUUGGAGAAGAAUCUUAUGCUGCAGGCUCGCGCCCUCCUCUGACAGACACGCCUACUUUCUGCGUUGAUCCUAUAGAUGGCACAACUAAUUUUAUCCAUGGAUUUCCAUUUGUCUGCAUUUCAUUGGGCCUGAUUUAUAGACGUCAGCCCAUCCUUGGGGUCAUCUACAAUCCGUUUUUGGACCAUUUGUACACCGGUAUAUCAGGCCAGGGCUCGUACUUGACGUCAAAAGAUUCUGAACCGGUUAGAUUGCCCCUUUCCAAGCCUGCAAAACCAUUAUCUUCAUUGAGUCAAGCAUUAAUCGCUGUCGAAUGGGGGUCAGAUCGUUCGCAGACUACAAUUAAUGCCAAAUCAAGUUCCUUCUCCCGCCUUGCUGGGGAUCCUGCACAAGGCGUAGCUGACGCAAAGAUGGCUCAUUCACUUAGGUCCGUGGGAAGUGCUGCGUUAAACUUUGCACUGGUUGCGCAAGGGGGCCUUGAUUUGUACUGGGAAAUCGGAUGCUGGCCAUGGGAUGUUUGUGCGGGUAUUGUCAUUGCACAAGAAGCUGGGGCAGUCGUUUGUGGAUCCUACGCUAGUUUUUCCUCCACCUCCAAAGAGAAUAAAUUCGGUGUCGUUACGGAGGAAAUACUAACUGGAAGAAAGUAUAUUGUUGUCCGUGCAAUAGGAGAUGCUCAGACCGAGAAGGGUGUUGAGACGCAGCGGAGGAUUAUUGAGGAAUUCUACACCACUGUCGAGGAAGUUGAACCCGUUUGA